AUGGCAUCUGCAAGCAGCACGAGCGCCCGAUCUCUGUUCGCCGAUUCGAAAAUGCGCUUGGCAGAUCGAGUUCAAGUAAAUGUGAAUAACAUUUCGUCUCUCGCCAGACAAAUAACCAGAGGAUCCAAAAGCACGGAGAUAUUAAUGCACUCCGCCCGGAAUUUCGCCGUUCAAGAACAAGCGAUGGAAAACAGCGAAAAUAACCUAAAAAAAUUGCAAGCGCUCUGCGACAAUUUGGACCAACAGCACGAUUCCCUGCUGAAAUCGGCCCAACAACUCGAAGAAGUCAAAGAGCAAGUGUGCGCUAUGCAGCGAUAA